UGAUAAGUUUGGGUUUGUUCUGUUUUGUUCAGUGAACUUUAAACUAGCUCAUUUUUUCUCUGGAAAUGGUGCACACUCCUUUCUACCUCCUCAUUCUCCUCAUCUUUUUGCAACUCCUUCCAUUUCCAGCCUUUGCUCAAAACAAUGGCAAUGAAAUACCAGUUAACAGCUCCCUCACUGCAACGAAUGGGACCAUACCAUGGCGUUUAUCACCAUCCGGUGAUUUCGCUUUCGGGUUCUCACAAGUUAAAGGCACAAACCAGUUCCUACUGUGCAUAUGGUAUGCCAAAAUAAACGACCUUACCAUAGUUUGGCAUGCCAAAACCAAUACUUCUGGAGUCCCCCAAGGAUCAACCCUGCAGCUGGAUGCCGAAAACGGGCUUGUUCUUCGUGAUCCUCGGGGAAACAGAUUAUGGAGCAGUGAUGGCUAUGUUGGUAAAGUUGCUUAUGGAUCUUUCUAUGACACAGGGAAACUUGCACUCUCUGGAAGUGAUCAUACAGUUUUGUGGGAUACUUUUUCCCACCCAACUGAUACUUUGUUGCCAACCCAGGAGAUGAAGAAUGGAAGCAGUCUCAUAUCCUUAAAGUCUGAAGCCAAUUUCACACAAGGUAGGUUCUAUCUUCAACUCCUUCAAAAUGGCAAUUUGGUGCUGGGAACCAAAACAGUUCCCACCAAUGUAGACUACAAUGCUGUAUACUAUACUAGCCAGGCAAAGUCUGUAUACAAACUGAUAUUCACAGACAAGGGCUCACUCUCCCUACUAAAAACAGACAACACAACAGAAACUCUUAUUUCACUUUCUGACUCCAUAGUCAAGGAAAACUACCUAAGACUAACUCUUAACUUUGAUGGGGUCCUGGCUCUUUACAAGUACCCUAAGUCUUCUUCUGGGGGUAACCAAAAAUGGAUUCCUCAAUGGACUCAGCCAGACAACAUCUGCACCAACAUAACUGGAGAAAAGGGCAGUGGGGCUUGUGGGUAUAACAAUGUCUGCUCACUUGGCCCUGACAAGAGACCCUCUUGUAAGUGCCCACAAAGUUAUUCAUUGGUUGAUCCAGGGGAUGUGUAUGGCAGCUGCAAACCCGACUUUGUUCCGACUUGUGGUGGGGGUUCUUCCUCCAAUGUUAGUUUUGUUGAGGUAAAGGACACAGAUUGGCCCUUAUCUGACUUUGAGCAGAUUAACCCUUCUGAUAUGGAUGAAUGCAGAAGGGCCUGUUUGGAAGACUGUUUCUGUGCUGUUGCCAUUUUCAGAAGCAACAGCUGCUGGAAGAAGAAGUUGCCAUUGUCAAAUGGGCGUGUAGACAAAAGUCUGGGGGCAACGGCUUUCCUUAAAGUACACCAUUAAGUAAAGGCCUCUAAGAUGAUGCUCAUCCAUCAUCCAAUUCUAUGUUUAAUUGGUGAGACUUGAGAGUAUAGGAUGCAGAAAUGCAUUGCAUCCCAUGCAUGAAGCAAUCAUUAGAGGCAUAUAAUUAAGGUAAUAAUUCUAAGAGCUUGUAUCAACAAACUAUUAUCAUAUGGAGUAAUGAAGUAUUGAUAGAAUAUAAUAAUGUGCUCAAGCUUGAAAUAAUGUUAUGGGAGACAUGUGAAACUCAAGUGAGUUUAAUAAGUAUGGCUCGCUCCUUUCAUUUCUAUACAUUUUUACGAAGUACUUUGUAUUUAUAGACUAGCUAUAAUGUGGAGAAAUUAUAAGAGGUCAGCUACCACCCUUUAUGUAUAUAAGUUAUGUUGGUAUCGUCCCUUAAAAUUUUGUCAAUUUCUUU